UCUAAAGAACACGCACACAUAUAACGAGAAAAAGGUAUCCAAGAGCCCGAAGAGGUACACCUUAAGAUCCCUGCAGCACCGUAUGCGUGCCCAAAAACUGAACUGCACGUCCGUCCCACCGUUCGACUACAGUAGCAUCACCCCCUCCCUGUCCCAUUCUAUACCAAAACGGAAGAUUGCCGACUACAGCAUACUGCUGUCUGAAGUGCCGUCUGUACAAAAACACCAUGGCCUGGUCGGUCUCCGCGUGGAAGGACCCCACGGCGCCCUCGUGGAAGUUAAUAGCGAGACGGACUUCGUGGCGAGAAACGCCAAGUUCCAGGAGUUCGUACAGAAGUCCCUGGAUGUUGUUCUCGAGAAGGCCAAGGCGGCGGCCGGGGGGGCGGAGGUCCCGGCUUCGCGAGAGCUUGACGUGAGGGAGCUUCUUCGGGAGGACCAUCCAGGAUCGGGGGAGUUGCUGGCGGACACGCUGGCGCAGUUGGUUGGAGCCAUCCGAGAAAACAUCACCAUCAGUAGAGCACACGUGGUGUCCUUAGGUGGCGACGGGAAGGGUGUGGUGGCCGGCUAUGUACACGGGGCAACGGGACUACCCGGAAUGGGCAAGAACGCCGCGCUCGUGGCUCUCAAGCUCGGCGACGACACCGCUACGACUGAGACCCUCGACGCGAGCGCCAAGUCUCUGGCCAUGCAUGUGGUCGCGGCGAGGCCGGCGUUCUUGGACGAGGCCUCCGCGCCGGAAUCAGCGCUGGAGGAGGAGAAGAAGCUUCUUCUCGAGCAGGCCGAGGAGAGUGGGAAGGACCCCAAGGUUCUGGGCAAGAUGGUCGAGGGCAGGUAG